AUCCGACCAGAAGCGCGGUAGAAGACGGCUUGCUGCGGUACGGACCCUUUGGUUUCCGCCAUGAAAGGCAGGGAGAUAUCCACGUCCUCCAUAAGCGUCACUCAAUGGCGCGAUUUCACGUGGUCAGCCCUUUGUUUAGCCUGUCUUUGCGUCUUCUCGACUACUUCUUUCAAGGAAGCUCGAAGGAACCACUCCUUCGAGAUCUGCCAAGAUCUCCACUGUCUCGGCUUGGCAACAGGAGGGGCACCUCUUUUUCGCUGAUUUCAAAGCGAGCCCUCCAACAAGCAUCAGCUGGAGCAAGGUGUGCCAGGUCGGCUCAGUUUCGGAAUCCCACAGUGUUUUUUAUUUUAAGCCCGCAGGGUCGAUGUCGCGAUUUUUAUAAAAAUCACCCAACGCCUCUACUAUUAAACGUGCCCCCACGCUUCCCCUACAUCACCACCAGAGGCUCACACUCCCCAACCAACAAAACGUACAGGAUGACUAUCACGACACCACCAAGGGCCUCUUCCCCCUCGUCGGGCUUUGGCACCAGAGCCGUCCACGCCGGCUCUGAGCACGAUCCCAGCACCGGUGCCGUGAUCCCCGCCAUCUCCCUUUCGACGACCUUUGCGCAAACGGCCGUCGGCCAACCGGUUGGCGAGUAUGAGUACUCUAGGUCCUCUAACCCUAAUCGCAAAAACUUUGAGGACAUGGUGGCGGCCCUCGAGAACGCCAAGCAUGCCCUCGCCUUCUCUUCCGGUAGCGCCACCACUGCCGUGAUCCUCCAGUCGCUUGCCUCUGGCUCGCACGUCAUCUCUGUCUCCGACGUCUAUGGCGGCACCCACCGUUACUUCACCCAGGUUGCCAAGGCCCACGGUGUGAAGGUCACCUUCACCCCUGAGAUCGAGGUUGACAUCCGCGAGCACAUCACCCCUGCCACCAAGCUGGUAUGGAUCGAGACUCCCAGCAACCCUACCCUCCGUCUCGUCGACAUCCGCGCCGUCGCGACUGCUGCCCACGAGCACGGCAUCAUGGUUGUUGUCGACAACACCUUCCUGAGCCCUUACAUCCAGAACCCUCUUGAUCACGGCGCCGAUAUUGUGGUGCACAGUGUCACUAAGUACAUCAACGGCCACAGCGACGUCGUCAUGGGUGUCGCCGCCUUCAACAGCGAGGAGCUCUUCAAGAGGCUCUCGUUCCUGCAGAACGCCAUCGGCGCCAUCCCCUCGGCGUUUGACUCGUGGCUUGCCCACCGUGGAGCUAAGACUCUGCACCUGCGUGCCCGCGAGGCCACAACCAAUGCGACGGCUGUCGGCCACGCCCUGGAGGCCAGCCCCCACGUCAUCGCGGUCAACUACCCCGGUCUCGACUCUCACCCGCAUCGCGCCAUCGCCAAGAAGCAGCACCGCAACGGCAUGGGUGGCGGCAUGCUGUCAUUCCGCAUCCGUGGGGGUCACGCCGCGGCCGAGCGUUUCUGCCAGCUGACCAGAAUCUUUACACUUGCCGAGUCCCUGGGCGGUGUCGAAAGCUUGUGCGAGGUGCCAAGCAGCAUGACCCACGCUGGUAUUCCUAAGGAGCAGCGUGAGGCUGUUGGUGUCUUUGACGACCUUGUCCGUCUCAGCUGCGGUGUUGAGGAUGCCGAGGACCUCAAGAACGAUGUUCUCCAGGCUCUUGAGCGUGCUGUUGCCGAGACUUCCAACGGCAACGGUACCAAUGGUGUCAACGGUCACUAAACAGGAAUAAAAAGUAAAAGAUAGAAAAGUGGGAAAAUUGAAAAACGAGCGGAAAGGGGGACACGGGAUAUGGCUUCGGGGGACAUAGAGGGGCAUAGGCGUAUUUCGGAUAGGAGUUUGGCUUUGGGGCAUUAGCAUUUCACGAUAGACAUUAGCGCUUUCUUGGUAUUGCUUGCUAUCUUGAUUUUUUCAAGGCAAAAUUCUUUUUCAAUAUCAAAGCUGUGAUGGGGCUGCGGCUUCUGGCGUUGUUGGGCACUUUUGUUGGGUAUACAUGAUGUGAUGGGGUUAUAUGGACAAUGUUCAUUGUUCUGAUAAGCAGGUCUACAUGUGGCUCAUAUUGGCGGUAGUUCGGAGACGGACUGCGUCGAUUCUUUCUAUCUCUUGCUAUAAUCGGUGGGUUCUUGGAUGG